UGCCAUGCAGGGGAUUGCGAGGAGUGCGAACACAGCGGCAGUGCACUUGAGGCUACACUAGGGGCGGAGUUUGACCUCUCAAGUCUCCAAACAUCACUAAUCCGCGUCGGACAUUCUGGCCACAAACCAUCACUGGCCUCGUUUAUCACUCACACAAAAAAGGGAAGGGGAUGGGUGGAUUUUUAAGCGAAAUUAAAGUGUCCCGGACAGCUCUGUGGCACCAAGCAGAGGGUUAAGGCUGCAGCCUGCGUGUCGGAGGGAUUGCCAAUGCUGCACUAUGACAGAUAGCACUGCACAUAUCUGCAGUAGGCGCUCCUAGCCCGCUUUGGAUUCGCACGAUUUGGCGCAAAAACAGAAAAAAAACAUUGGAUCUUUGACAGACCACUGCGAUAGAUUCUGCAUCCCCUCUUUUAAAGCUGCCCUUCAAUGUCUAGAAGCGCAUGUAUGAAGAUGCCCUGUGGCUGAUCUUGACCAUGCUUUCAACAAAGCGCUCGGCAGGGGCGUGGGGAUGAAAUGGAUGGAGCCAAAGGCCAAUGCACUGCACCAGCUCCCACUUCCCAGCAUGUCCAACGGCAGCAAGUCCCCCCCGCAGUCGGGAGAAGCUGCAAGUUCUAACUCAAUGGCAUGGGUGAAGAUGUUUAAGAAACCUGGAGGAGGUGGCUUGAAGAAGUCUUACCAGCCUGGCAGCAUGUUGUCUCUCGCUCUCACCAAAGGCCUCCUGAAUGAACCCGGACAGAAUAGCUGCUUCCUAAACAGCGCUGUUCAGGUGCUUUGGCAGCUGGACAUUUUCAGGAGAAGUUUGAGGCACCUCUCAGGGCACUUUUGUCUUGGUGAUUCCUGCAUUUUCUGCGCAUUGAAGAGCAUAUUCAGCCAGUUUCAGCAGAGUCGUGAGCGCGUGCUCCCCUCAGACAGCCUGCGGAACGCCCUUGCUGAGACAUUCAAGGACGAGCAACGCUUCCAACUUGGCCUCAUGGACGAUGCUGCCGAGUGCUUUGAAAACAUCCUGGAGCGCAUUCAUCUGCACAUUGUCUCAGACACUGCAACCGACUCUUGCUCAUCCAAAUCCUGCAUUACUCAUCAGAAGUUCGCAAUGAUGCUUUACGAACAGUUUGUGUGUCGCUGCUGUGGUGCAUCAUCAGAUCCUCAUCCGUUCACAGAGUUAGUCCACUAUGUCUCAACUACAGCUCUAUGCCAACAGGUAGAACGCACAACAGGGAGGACCGAGCGUCUCAGGUCAGACAUGUUUGGAGAAUUGCUGCAGGCAGCAAACAACACAGGCGACCUCCGCAGCUGCCCCCGAGACUGCGGCCAAAGCAUCAAGAUCCGCCGUGUGCUCAUGAACUGCCCAGAGAUCGUCACUAUAGGUUUUGUCUGGGACGCGGAGCAGUCCGAUCUGACAGAUGACGUCAUUCGGUCGCUCGGCCCACGGUUGAAUUUGUGUGGGCUUUUCAACCGUGUCACUGAUGAAAACGCCAAACGGAGCGAGCUACAUCUAGUGGGGAUGAUCUGUUUCUCCAGCAAACACUAUUCAGCCUUUGCCUAUCACACCAAAUCUUCAAAAUGGAUGUUUUUUGAUGAUGCCACUGUAAAGGAGAUCGGCUCCAAAUGGAAAGACGUUGCCUCUAAAUGCGUCAGGGGACAUUUUCAACCACUUCUUCUGUUUUACACCAACCCUGAAGGGACGGCGGUGUCUAACGAGGAUGCACCAAGACAGACCACGAUGUGUCCUCGAUACAAAGGCCAAGUAAACGGUGAAGGAACAGUGAAAAAUCCCCUUGGCAGUCCGAAUAGAUUCCAGGAUCCUUUUAUGGAGAAUUUGCAGAGACCUGUUGAAACAACUAAAAAGGACAGAGCACACAGAAGAAUAGACCCAUUCCAACAUAAAGAUGUGACACAUACAAGAUCAGCCUCUCCUCCUGGAAAUGGACCGAAAGAACAAAAAUGUAAAAGCUAUCCACGCAACGAGAGGUCAGUGACCCAUUCAAGCAGAGCAUCUCAGGAACCACGUGGACAAUCCCGGCCCACACAGGGUGGCGGGCACAGCAAUAAGAACCACUUGUCCCCUAGUUGCUCCGAUCAGGAUAGCUCCCAGGAUCAGUGGGAAAAUGGCGGGAGUGGAGGAAGCCGGAGUAAAUCCAAGUCUACCUGGAGACCCAUUCGCGAGGUGCUAAAUGUGGAUAUGGUACUCAACGAACUGGAACAACGCCGUCAACAGCAACAUGACAGCCCUCGACAUUCAAAGACCUCGUCCCAGGAGCGGGUGCAUGCUGAACCAAGUCGAGAUCGCGAGCGGGAACAUGUACGAAGGGGUGAGGACCGCAAGCAGAAGUGUUUGAUGACCAUUUACGAGGACGACCAGCGACACGAGACUGAAAGCCACAGCUCAGUGGAGUCAGACAGCAGGGCCACACAACAGAGGGGCGGCAGGCUGACGGGUGGUGCCAAGACACUGCUGAGGAGUGACACCUGGACAAUUCAGAGGACCGAGUCGGGCUAUGAGAGCAGCGACAGGCUCAGCAGUGGCUCCACAAAUCCUGACUCGCCGGGCGUUGAUGGCUUUGCUGUCAAAGAGCAGAGGUUGACAACAGAAACCCAGUUCCAAAGCCAGCUACACCCAAAGGGAGGCGAUGCAAAAUCAAGUGUAACGUCCUCACCGUCACACAAUGGUAAACAUCAGGCAAAACCUCAGGGAAGGAACCAUGACCAGGUUUCACAUACACAUCUUAAGUGCAGUCCAAGUUCAAGACGCAAGUCCAAGUACACUUCCAGUAACUGCAGAAAGUCUUCAGAGCGGGAGUGCGUGGCUCCGGAUAACAGGCAGAGCGAGCAGCAGGAGCUGACAAGCAGUCGAGGCCACGCGGGGGAAAGCGUGGCCCCAAGGCACGUUGCCAAGACCAGCAGCUCGGAGUGGAACAGCUCAGAUGACCUCGCUCUCUCCGAGCCUGAGGAAAGAGACACUUACCGCUCCAAUGACGCCGCCGCCGCCUCCGACCCGCAGUGUCCUCAUGUCCCCCUAGCGUAUCAUUCCCCUGGCAAUGCCGCCAUAGAGCCUCUCCAGCUGAGCAAUCAGCGUCAGCUCAGCACGACAGGGACGGGCUCUCCUCACCUCCGACCCGGCCAGCGGCUUCCCCCUCAUCAGGGCGAAACAAGCGAGGCCGCGUUUCGCCCCAGGACGCUUCAAGAACCCUUCCAACCAAAUCCUCGCCUUUCCACUUCAUCCUUCAUCAGCCCCCACAGGAAACCUGACAUCUCCGGCCUGCGGACCUUCUCGGACGCCAGCUCCAAGUCGGGCUCGGACCCGGAACGGAGCACGCCAUCGUCGUGCGAGAGUGACGACAGACUGGCGGGGUACAGAGCAGAACAGGCGGCGUCUACUCAGGAGGUUUCUCUCACCACGUACUUCAACGUGGACAACUGCAUGACGGAAACGUACCGUCUCAAGUAUCACAACCAGAGGCCGCUGCUGCUGUCGGCCACGGUGCCACGAGCAACGGGCCCAUCUGAGCGCCGAGAUGCUGCACUCGCUGCAGACACGCAAGAUGUGCAAAUAGCCAACCCCGAAUCAAGCAAUACGAGCAAUAAACCCACUGCAAAAUGGAACCCAGUGACAGCCAAAGGCUUGGAUGAACGAGGCUUUUUAUGACUCUACCUUUUGUUUACAUGCAUGAACCGUGUGGUCACAUGAGAUUGAAACUGGAUGCCAAAGAGUUUACAGAGUGGAAAUACACCUUAUGAACAAAAGUAUUUGGACAGACGCCCAUUUCACCUGCAGCAAUGGUGUCCAAACGUAAAACUGAAACUGAACAAAACAUUGACAUUUAAGCUUAGUGUGAAAAGUGAUUAAGAAAUUAGCGUAAUAGCUGAUAAUGCACUCCUGAUCAAAAUUUGAAGGCCAGUUCAAAAAUGACAAGAAUUUACAUUCCGCACUGUUGGAUCUUAAAGAGGUUAUAAGAAAUGGAAGCGAGACAAAAACAUUCUAAAGUAAGCCAUUUAUUAUAAACAAGCAUUAAACUGAAAUAGGCUGUUUAUCAGCCAAUCAAAAUGGGUUUGGGCAUGUAAGUGUUUCCUGGAGGCUAGUGGGAAUGUUGCACCAAGGGGUGAAGAUGGCUUCAUGGAGGACAUCCGCUUUAGGGGAACUUGCUUUGUGCUCUGUUCCCAAACUGUUCCCAUUCGGCUGAAAGCAUAUAAUAGUUCAAAAUGUCUUGGUAGGAUAAGAGAAAAAUGAAUUGAUUAAGACAUGUGUCCCAAGACUUUUGCCCGUAUAGUGUAAAAUGUAUUUAUGCAAGCUUGUCACUUAUGAGUGAAGCCUUGUUUAAAUAUGUAAGAUGUUCUGUAUUGCUUUAUACAUUAUUAACACACUCUCUCUCUUUUAAACACGUAUUGUCUUCCUACUUUUGGUUUUCACCAACAUCUGGACACGUUAUAUUUUGCACUGAAGCUUUUUUUGAUCCUAUGCUAAAAUAAUUAUUUUUUUAUUUGUGCUAUAAAACUGCAGACGUGCUGCAGAAUCAAACUUUUGUCAUGGAGUAUGAUGCCAUAUGUUCUCAGCAAAGCUCAAGUAAGUGUACACUUUGUAAAAUAAUACUACCCGAUGUCGGCGCCCAGGUUGAACAUUGUACAAAGUCUAGUGGUCAUCUGCCAAAGAUAUAGCAUAAUAUAACAUGUGAUUGGCCAAAAACAUCAAAAUGAUGAAAAUGUGGAUGUCCAGAAGUAUUUUGAACAGUGGUUCUCAACAGGUUUGGCUGCAGGAUUGUGGGAAUUCAACUCAAAAUUCUCAAAUAUCAGCACUUUGCUGUUCAAUUUUCACAGUUUUUUCAUUGUAGUGCCAAUACAAAAUGAGUUGAAUGAACAAUAACAAUUGUUUAAGGAACAAUAGGUUUUUAUUAGUUUUUCGAACUCAAAUAAUUUGAUUAUUCAUCCAUUCAUUUUCUACCGCUUAUCCUCACAAGGGUCGCGGGGUACUGGAGCCUAUCCCAACUGUUACAUUUGUUCACUUCCUGCUUUCCUAAUAUAAUUUAAGUUUUUUUUUUACUUUAUUUUAUUAAUUUAUAUAUAUAU